AUGUCUCAGAAAGCUGUCGUGAUCACCUCUCUCAAACACGCCGACCUCGUCAGUGACCGUCCUCUCCCCGUCCUUCGCGAUGACUAUAUCCUCGUGAAGACCGUUGCGGUGGCCCUGAACCCCAUCGACUGGAAAAAUGUUGAAUACAUCGCACCCCCAGGCGUGCUUGUCGGAUGUGACUAUGCCGGCAUCGUUGAAGCCGUCGGCAAAGACGUCAAGAAACCCUUCCGCAAGGGCGAUCGCGUCUGCGGCGUCACCCAUGGCAGCAACGCCGUGUAUCCUGAGGAUGGCGCCUUCGCGGAAUACAUCACCGCAAAGGGGGAUGUGCAAAUGCUGAUCCCAGACAACCUUAGCUUCGAAGAGGCCGCCACCUUGGGCGUGGGCAUCAGCACCGUCGGACAGGGGCUGUAUCAGAGCCUGCAAUUGGCGUGGCCCACGGAGCCCAUCACCCAGUCGCCUGCUCCGUUUGUGUUGAUUUACGGCGGGUCCACUGCUACAGGCACCCUGGCCAUUCAGUUCGCCAAAAUUUCGGGAUACCGAGUCAUCACUACGUGCUCCCCGCGUAACUUCGACUUAGUAAAGAAGCUGGGGGCCGAUGCCGUCUUCGAUUAUCGUGACCCCGCCGCAGCGGAGGAGAUCCAUCGGUUCACAGGGAAUGAACUCCGCUUGGUCCUGGACACCAUCGCAUUGGAAGACAGUGCCAAGUUCUGUGACAAGGCCAUUUCCACAGACGGAGGGGAUUAUUCGGCCCUGUUAUCGGUGGAGAUCGCCCGCGAGAAUGUCCGCAAUCGUUGGACACUAGCGUUUUCCAUUUUCGGUGAGGAACUCAAGUUCGGUAACUCAUUGUUUCCGGCCAAGCCGGAGGAUAAAGCCUUCGCGGAGAAGUUCUGGGCCAGGCGCAGAAGUUGCUCGCAGAGGGCAAGGUCAAGCCACAUCCGGUUUCUGUGCGGAGGGAGGAUUGCGAGGCGUGUUGGAGGGCAUGCAGGCAAUGAAGGAGGACAAGAACCUGUGUCGAAAGCCAUCAUCCAUCCAGUCGUCAUCCUCUAUCUCCAUCAUCCCCAUCGCAGCAAUUCACUCGUCGUCCUCAUGCCCAUCCUCAUCUUCGUUCUCUGUGGUCUCCCAGUCCUCCUGAUCGAGAUCUUCGCUCGAUCAGGUCAUACUUGGACAGGAUAA